AUGGGCAUCUGCGCUUCCUGCCUCGGGCUUGACCGACGGCCUUCACAGUCCGAUCCAUCCGACACCUCUCAACUCCUCGCCGACCAAUACGAGCCCCAAUACGGCACCAUCAACCGCGGCGGCGCAAACGGGCGCCAAGAGCCCGAUCAGGAGGAGAUACGGCGGCAGCGCGACGCGCUGGAGCGGAUAUGUGCGCAGACGUCUGACAAACUGAUCGAUGUCUCGCAAGUCUGUCACACUGAAACAACAGGGCCAAAGCUGCACACUGAGUAUGCUCGGCUGUUCAGUCAACGAUUUCCGCCGAGCCAGCUGCCGAGUCAACGCCCUGGCAGCGGAUCCCCUUCGAGCGGUUCCGAUGCGGAUGAGGAUGAGGCGACUUGGUUGAGUCGGAGCGCUGGGGACGAUGGGGAGGGCGAGGGGCCUUGGGAUCAUGUGGAGGCUGUUGAUAAGGGUGCCCUUACUAUUCAGUUCGAUGAGGCGCUGGGGGUGGAUAGGAAGGGCGCGCAAGGGGGAAGGUGA